CCCUGCAGCUAAAAGCUUGCCAACCGCGAGGCUAUACCAGGAAAGCUCUGUGCUAAAGCCUACCAGGGUCCAGUACUCGGCUGCCCGCGGGACCGCACUGUCCUUCCUGCCCGGCUGUGGAGGGGGCCCCGGAAGCCAUGGAGGUACUCGUCCUGGCGGGAUACCACGCGCAGAAGGAGGGCGAGCUGAGUCUGGCGCCCGGGGACGUGGUCCGGCAGGUGUGCAAGGGGCCAGCACGGGGCUGGCUGAGCGGAGAGCUGGGAGGCCAUUGUGGCCUCUUUCCUGAGCGCUUAGUGCAGGAGAUCCCCGAGACACUGCGCGGCGCGGGGGAGGCGCCGAGACCACGCUGUGCGCGCCGCCGAGGUCGCCCCGCAAAGUCUCGGGGCCCUCAAAGAUGGUGCAAAGUGAACUUCAACUACAUCCCGGAGCAGGUAGACGAGCUGAAGUUGCAAGCUGGGGAGAUUGUGGAAGUGAUAAAAGAGAUUGAGGACGGCUGGUGGCUGGGGAAGAAGGACGGGCAGCUAGGAGCCUUCCCAUCCAACUUUGUGGAGUUGCUGGACAGUGAGCCCCCAAGCCUCGGUAACUCAGACAUGCCUUCAAUCAGCCCUAAUCCCCAGCGGCCUCCCAAGCUGAGCAGCCUGACCUAUGACAGCCCUCCAGAUUACCUGCGGAUAGUCUCCCAGCCCGAGACCUACAGGGUCCUGUUUGACUACCAGCCGGAGGCCCCAGAUGAGUUGGCACUGCGGAGGGGGGACGAGGUGAAAGUACUGAGGAAGACCACAGAGGAUAAAGGCUGGUGGGAAGGGGAGUCUCAAGGCAGAAGAGGAGUUUUCCCAGACAACUUUGUGCUCCCACCACCCCCAAUCAAGAAGCUGGCCCCACGAAAAGUGGUAUCUCGAGAAUCAGCUCCUAUUAAGGAAACAAAAAAGAUGAUGCCCAAAACAGGCCUCCCUACCAUCAAGAAGCUGAUGACAGCUCCCACCGUGCCCAGCAAAGUGAAGUUAUCUUGGACAUCUGGUGGAGAUGGUCAGAAGCUCCCAUCCUGGAACUCUGGCUCCAGUGCCAGCCUCCACAGUGGGGGUCCAGGCCACCCUGGCAGAAAGCGAUCCAGAACACAGGCUUCCCAGCACCACUCUACAACCAGUCAGGAGCAGCGCAGCCGAGCAAAGGCCUUUCCUGUGAAUAAGACCCCUACUCUGGGCAAGACCCACAACCCACAGAAGAUCCCAUCUCCGGAUAAGGCCCCCAGCCCAGAGGAAACCCCGACUCCAGAUAAGCCCCCCACCCCAGAGGAGACCCCGACUCUGGAGGACAAGGCCUCUCCACCAGGUGUCCCACCUGAAGAUGAAGCCCCUGGCCCAAAGAUGGCCCUUCCUGGGGACGAGGCCUCUGCCCUAGAAAAGGCCUUGGCCCGGGAGCAGGUGCUCUCUGAAGUGGCUUCCGCUGGGGACACCACUCAGUUCCAUCUCUUCUCUCCGGAGGCAAUGCAGCUGCCCAAGGGCAAGUCUCUCCUGGUCAGGGAAGCUCAGUCCGCGGAGGAGGAAGUCAACAUGCCAGAGGAGCCCUGCCUCUGCAUGAUGAAAUACCCCCUGGAUGAGACGGAUAGCUCUGCACUCCAGUCCGAAGCGAAGCCAGAGUCCGGGCCUGCCCUCGAGAAGGCCCACCCCCUGGAAGAGGCCACCACCCUCCUGGAGGAACCACCUGUGAAGGAAGAGGCUACCCCCCAAGAGGUUUCCCCCAAAGAUGUAGAACCUGCCCAAAAGAAUCGACAUCCUAUCAGUCCGAUUCCAGACACUCAAGAGACUCCCACUCUCUCUUCGCUGGUCCCGCAAAAUCCCACGGACAGCAAAAGUGACAGAGGUGAUAUAGUGAGGCUACAGGACGAGGUGGAGUCUUUAAGGAGGGCCCUGGAGCUGAUGGCAGUGCAGCUGGAAAGGAAGCUGACCGACAUCUGGGAGGAGCUGGAGAGCGAGAGGAAGAAGCGCCAGUUGCUGGAGGUUCAGAUGAAGCAAAAGAACCAGGAAUCCGGGACCUCCCGCCACGCACAGACGCAGACGUACUGAAGGAGGACCCAGGAGGGAUUAUGGCGGGGCCUGGAGGGGAGUCUGGCUCUGGCCACCCAAGUCCUUGCACACGACUUUGGGAAACCCAAGAAAGUAAACUGCAGUGCACGCUCGCCUCGCCUGUGCCUGUGCUGGUCCGUGCCGGGGCGGGGCCUGCGCGGAGGGGGCGGGGCCGGGCUGGCGACCCCAGCGCUCCGCAUUCCUGGCGGGCUCUCCCAGGCACAUCUGGCCAACAUGUGGCUCCCAUUACAGUUCUCAAGGCCUGCGCGCAGCUAUUUUUACCCACCGGAUGGCAGGGGGAGGGGGAAGAGGGUGGUGGGCGUCUCCUUUGGACGCCUGCCUGCAGGAGGGGCCCAGGCGGGUCGGGCUCUGCCUGCGGCCCAGAUUCCGGAAUCCAGCUGUGCCCCAAAGGGGCCCUGCAGCCCUGCUUUCGAGCCUGGACCCCUCCCAGUUUGUCCCACUGUUCCUUCCGGAAGGACUCAGGAACGCACCUCGGCUGACACCAAUUCCACAG